AUGGUGCCCAAGGCGUCUCGCUUCCUGUGUCAGUUUUGCGCGCUGGCGCGCUUCGAUGCAGAGAGAGGCGCGACGCUCGAUGCGUCGCUGCCUGACGUCCUGGGCCUCGACCCGCAGGCACUCGCUGAGCACAUGCUCCCGGAUGGCUUGCACACCGUCGAGGAGGACUGGACGGUAGCUGUGCGACCCGUCACACAGCUGCGCCUGUGCGACGCGCCAGAGCGCCCGGAGCAUGUCCAGUGCAAGCCCGUGCUGCCGAGCGCCGAGCCGGACGAGUGUAUCUACAUUCUGAGUGCGUCACGCACGGCGCUCUCGUCCGAGUGUCCACGGGGUGGGUAUAUGGUGGCUCUUGCCAUCGGCACGAUGCACCCCCACCUGACCCUGUUCAAGCCGGUGAUCGCGCUCGCCCUGGACACGUACGUGAGGCGCCGUGACAGGCGGGUCCUGCGCGACAUGUACGAGGCGAUCAACCGCGUCGAUGCGAGUAGUCUGCCCUGUCUGAGCUACUCGGAGAAGAUGCGCAUGCGCAGCGAGUGCGUGUGGGACGCGCAUACGCAGCAUCUGCGCAUGUGCCGCCGCGCAAGUAGUACGGGCUCCGUGGACAGUGCCGGUGUCAGUGGUGGUGCGCUGGAUAUGGAACAGGCGCCUCUUGUGGGGCUCAUGUACGCGCUCUCCUCGUCGACGUCGGCCGCGCACGAGCGCGCAUCUGUGCCGCGAAAACUGAAGCGACACUCUGCGCCAUCGGCCCUACUUGCACUACACCGCCGUCGCUAUCAUAUCUCCGGGCCGCGACCCCAUGCUCGGACGCUGCACGCCGACCUGACGCCGGUGUGCUUCGAGCAGGUGACGAUCCCGAUGCGUGUGCCGCUCUAUCUCUUCCCCGAGGAGGUUGGCGAGUACUCCCUUACGCAGCUGCUCACGACGUUCGGACACGCGCGCCACGCGCUCCAGGGCCCCAUGCAUCCACACCUGCAUUCGAAUGGCGCCUACACACAUCCACUCACGGUGCUCUUCAACGCGCUCCUAUCGUGCAAGCGUGUACUGCUGAUUGGACGCGACGUGCCCGCGCACGUCGUCGUCGAGCAGGUCCUCGCGGCGUGCGCGUUUGCGAGCGGGUGCGGCACCGUGCUGCGUGGCUGGAUCAGCCGCGCUGUGCCGUAUGCCACCCUCGCGGACGUGGAUGCCCUCACAUCCGGGGGUGGCUUUGUAGCGGGUACGAAGAACCCGCGCAUGGCCGAGCUGGACGUGUGGGACGUGCUCUGCGACUGCGAUACCGGCUGCAUUACCGUAUCGCGUACCAUUGUGCACGCAUCGAUCCCAGAGAGCCCCGAGAUACGGAGGCUGUGGAUCCGCCAGGGGCUCAUCCAGUACGACCGCGAGCGCGACGCGUUCCUGUGGACGAUGGGCGACGAGCACCCGAAUGCCAGUGACAACGUGUUCAUGGAGGCGUGGCUCGCCGCGGUGCAGCAGCAUGCUUCCGAGGCAUUUGUGCGAUACUGGUGCCAGAUGUAUGUGCGCCAAUUUGUGAUGCAUGCAGCGCACUACGAAACGCUGUUCUACGGGAGCACACAGCUCGCGCUGCUCGGCACAGAGAUGCCCUUGCAAACGGGACUUGGUGCAGCCGAAGGGGAGCGCCUACGACGCAUGGCCAUGCGCUUCGAAGGCUGGCGCGGCACGCCAAGCUACCGGCAUUUCGUUGCAGACUUGCACCAGAUGCGCACGAUGAAUGGGGCCGACACAGCCACGUCCCUCGCCGUACCUUUGUAG